UCAGUCAUGACUGUGCAAUGAAGGCCUCACAAAACCCCUGAGAAGAGCUUAGACUUCUCCUGGAUCCUGCUUCUUUUUCGGAGAGAGCUCUACGCUUGGGGAGCCAGAACGCCUCCACGUGCCCAGAGCCAGGCCCCCAGCUCCACGAAGACAGAAGCUCCUUUACUUGGGACCUCGCCCUGUCUUUGAUGCGAAAGUCAAAUACCGGAACCAACCCAGAUGUCCUGCAAACUGUGGUCCAUCCACACCAUGAGGUGCAGCUCAACAGUGGCACAUGCCACACGCUGGUGGCUCUCUUUCCUGGACAUUUACUGAGUAAGGACGCAGUCCCCAAGGUUCCAUGAUGGGUGAUUCCAUCUAUAGAAUGUCCUGGAGAUGGGAAACUUGUGGGAAUGGAGAACAGGUUAGUGGCUGCCGGGGUGAGGGGCCUGUGGAUGUACCCAUUCCAUCCUGAAUCGGGGAAGUCCAAAUAAGGGGUGGAUUGUGCCAAUUAGAUAUCCUGAUUGCAAUUCCAUACUAGAGUUUUGCAACAUGUUACUCUCAGAGGAAGCCUCAUGAUGGGGCUGCAUUAGAAUCUGUGAUUAUCUCAAAGGAAAAAUUUUUAAAAAGAAGUUUAGGGUUGGAAAGGGACAUCUAGGAGGAGGAACUAUGUCGAUACCCAGGACAUCUAUCAAAACCCUUCAUUUACCCCAUGUCUGUUCAGCUGGGUACUGUUCACAGAGCCCCUUCUGUCUGUCCGGCUCUGCAGAGGGCUGGGACACAGCGACGGCAAGGCCCCCACCCGCACCUUUCUGGAGCCCCUGUUUAGUUGGCAACAUGCAAAGUGACAGCAGUGAAAAGGCUUAUGGAGGAAAUACAUGUGCCCGUGGUAACAGAGAACCUGAGGUUGGAUCGGGCAUAUGCCAAUAUAGCCAAUCUGGAAUGGAGAGGAGAUGGCCCCAGGGCCACGGCAUGGGGAUAAACCGCGGGGAUUUGGCAACUCUACCGUGCGCUGUUCAAAUGGAGCUACGGAGGAGAAAAUCUCUCCGCGGGCCUCAGUUUCCCCGGCUGCCCCGUUUCCAGGUUUCUGCAAACGUGUGAAUGAGCCAGAUGUCAACCGCUGCCCCCAGGCCCCCGGUGUGAGGAGGCGCCGCCCGCCUGCCAGCACUGCCGCUGGCAUGCUCCACCAGCCCUUGGCCUGAGCCCGGCGGCCCCGGCCCCCGCCCCCCGCCACCCUGCACUGCCCCGGCUCCCCCGCAGCCCCCACACUGCAGUGCGGCCGGGCCCCCUCCCCACAGGGGCCGCCCCCGCCGCCUGUGCCUGGUGCCCGGGGCGGCCCGGCCCGUAGGGCCAUGAAACUGCAGGCUGUGAUGGAGACGCUCCUUCAGCGGCAGCAGCGGGCUCGCCAGGAGCUGGAGGCCCGGCAGCCACAGCCACCGCCUCCUGAGCCCCCAGCUGGCCCUCCGGCCCGCACCAGGACCACUCCAGACGAGGACAGAGAGAGUGCCCGGAUGCAGAGGGCGCAGAUGGCUGCACUGGCUGCCAUGCGGGCUGCUGCCGCGGGCCUCAGACAUGCCCCCAGCCCCAGCGGCUCUGAGGAUGGGCCUCCAGGCUCUGAGGAUGAGGACACGGCCGAGGAGGGGGCACCGGGCUCGCCACCCGCAACCUGCCGGGGCAGGGAGGCACCGGGUCACGCCCCAGGCGACGGGCCCCUUGAGGAUGUGGGCUCCGACGACGGCCUGAAGCCGAAGUGGGAGGAGGAGGAGGAGCUGGACGAAGAGCUGGGGGACGAAGAGGACGAAGAGGAGGAUGGGGACUACGAGGACGAGGAGGGGCUGGGGCCCCCGGGCACGGCGGGCCUGGGGCCCGCAGCCUUCUUCUCCCGCAAAGCGCAGCCGCUCCAGACCUUCCGCAGCGACGGGCCACGCUCGCAGGGUGGCCAGGAGCGCCCAGGGGCUGUCCCAGCCCCCCCGGGAGGGGCCACCCACGUGGCGCCCCCGCUGCAGCCGCCUGACCACGGGGACUGGACAUAUGAGGAGCAGUUCAAGCAGCUGUACGAGCUGGAUGGAGACCCCAAGAGGAAGGAAUUCCUGGACGACCUGUUCAGCUUCAUGCAGAAGCGAGGCACGCCCGUGAACCGCAUCCCCAUCAUGGCCAAGCAGGUGCUCGACCUGUUCAUGCUUUAUGUGCUGGUGACGGAGAAGGGUGGCCUGGUGGAGGUCAUCAACAAGAAGCUGUGGCGCGAGAUCACCAAGGGCCUCAACCUGCCCACGUCCAUCACCAGUGCCGCCUUCACCCUGCGCACCCAGUACAUGAAAUACCUGUAUCCCUACGAGUGUGAGAAGCGCGGCCUCAGCAACCCCAACGAGCUCCAGGCCGCCAUCGACAGCAACCGCAGGGAGGGCCGGCGCCAGAGCUUCGGGGGCUCCCUGUUCGCCUACUCGCCCGGCGGGGCCCACGGCAUGCUCUCGUCACCCAAGCUCCCCGUGCCCGCCCUGGGCCUGGCCGCCAGCACCAACGGCAGCUCCAUCGCCCCGGCCCCCAAGAUCAAGAAAGAAGAGGACUCAGCCAUCCCCAUCACAGUGCCCAGCCGCCUGCCAGUCUCCCUGGCAGGCCACCCUGUUGUGGCAGCCCAGGCAGCAGCGGUGCAAGCAGCGGCGGCCCAGGCAGCCGUGGCGGCCCAGGCCGCUGCCCUGGAGCAGCUUCGGGAAAAGCUGGAGUCAGGGGAACCUCCUGACAAGAAGAUGGCCCUGGUGGCUGAUGAGCAGCAACGUCUCAUGCAGCGGGCACUGCAGCAGAACUUCCUGGCCAUGACAGCCCAGCUGCCCAUGAGCAUUCGCAUCAACAGCCAAGCCUCCGAGAGCCGCCAGGACUCGGCUGCAAACUUGAGCAGCACAAAUGGCAGCAACAGUAUUAACAUGUCAGUAGAGAUUAACGGGAUCAUGUACACAGGAGUGCUGUUUGCUCAGCCGCCAGCCCCCACGCCACCCUCAGCCCCCAGCAAAGGGGCCAGUAGCGGCAGCCGGGGAGGAAGCAGCGGGACCAGCAGCGUGGGCAGCCAGGCUGGGCCAUCAGGGCCAUCCGCACCCUCCACGUCUUCUACCUCAAAUAACUCAUUGCCUUAACCGCGCCACUCCCCACCCCAGGAGCCCGCCAGACUGGGCAGGGGGUCGAGGUGGGCCAAGCAGGGGCCGGGCUGGCGGAAGAUACGGGUGGGGAGGGGAGCUAUCCACAAAGGAGCCACAGCUAACGCCAAAAAAAAAAAAAAAAGAAAAA